AUAGAAGGGAAAAGGAAGGAAUGGUGAGGAGUAUGGGGAAGAAGAGCACGUUGUUGUGAAGUGAGAGCCUUGUUGUGUGUAGUUUUAACUACAGUACAACAUAUCACACGUCUUACCUUUCUGUGCAAACCGUAGAAUGCGGUCGCACUCCGUUUUUUUAGCUGGGUUAACGACGGAUGAACUAAUGACUGCUGAAUGAUCGCAGUCUGAAACGGAGCCUCACACGAGGACAACCAUUUCCAAAGGACUUUGCUAUGAGUGGAUUUUCUCCAGGGAGGCUCCACCUCCUCCUCCUCCUGCUGCUGCUGCUGCUGCUGCUAAACCUGAGCUGGACCGUGGAAGCUGUCCGGGUGGUGGGAGGAAACGUGUCGGUGGUUCUUGGAGAGAGCGCUACGUUACCCUGCAACCUCCUUGACACCACAGAGACGCUCACACAGAUUUCAUGGCAGAGAAUGACUAAGGGGAAGCCAGAAAAUGGAAAUUUCAUUACGAUUAUGGCUGAUAAAACACACAACACCAAUGGAGCUGACUAUCGGUUCAGGAACAUUGGAAACUUUACCAAAUACGAUGGAACCCUCCAGUUAUCAGACGCCACGUUGCUGGAUGAAGGCAGCUACUCGUGCAUAUUCACUCUGUUUCCCAGCGGAAAUUUCAGGACAGAUGUUACACUAAACCUGCUCGUCCCUCCAGUCGUAACGGUGGAGGACGACGCCCCUCUGUUGGGGGGUGAAGAAGCUUCCCUUGCUACCUGUACGGCGGCUGGUUCCCGGCCUCCUGCUGAGGUGAAGUGGAUUAUGGGUUCUCUGGAGGGCUCGGUCCGUUCAACCACCACCUCCACCCUUCACGAUAACGGAACCACCACCACGGUCAGCUCGCUGCUUGGAGUCCCUACCAGAGACGUCAACCAGCGUUUGGUGAGAUGUGUCGUCACCAGCGCGGCGCUGACACAAGCAAAGAGCCUGCCCUUCACGUUACAAGUGUUCUUUUCACCCACGACAGUGAACGUCACUGAAAGGUCAGAUAAUUCAUUUGAGUGUAUGACUGAAGCCAACCCAGCUGCCAGCUUCACCUGGAGCAGAGCUGACAAGUCCUGGCCUCAGUCUGGUGUCACUGUGGUUGGACCAACGCUGCAGUUUGUGAGGAACACCGCUGGCGUCAAUGGCCUCUACCAGUGUGAAGCCUCCAACCAGUACGGGAGGAGUCAUGGUAACUUCUAUGUGCAUGUGACAUCAGGCUCCUGCACGGUUUGCUGGGUAUUAUUUAGCCUUUUGCUCGUCCUUUUUUUGCCAUUGGUCUUGCUGCAUGGUACUACCUUUUUUAUAUUCAGGCCCAAACAAAGCAGAGAAGAGUCUCCUGCAUGGAUGCAGCCUGUCCCUACAGAAGAUGAAGCUGUAAAGCUCAUGUUUAAUGUAAACUAACUCUGCAUUACUCAGAGACAAAGUGUCUCAUUAACUACUUCCCCAAGUGCAAACACAGUAUCAGUUUAUGACGCAACAGUUUAAUUCUCUGUGACUAUUUGAGUACAGUUCUCCUUUUUUGUUUUUUGAGUACUUUUGUUUUGCUUUGGCAAGUUUACCCUCGUGCUGCAGGACAGAACAAUGAGUGAAGGUGUAACCUGCAUCAGUGCAGUGUGUCAACGUGCGAACAGACCUCACCAUGGCUCCAAUGUUGAAAGGAUGCGUUUUUCUUCUGUGUUUUUUUUUUUUUUUUUUUUUUUUUUUUUGUUCUGUCCAGCAGUUUAGCAAGCAGCAUAUAUUACGCUGAAUGCCAUAUUGUGAUGGACAGCUUUGCUUUAACAAGAAGAGUAUAUAUAGAAUAUAUAUAUAUACACUCUUCCUGAUUUAUGGUUUAUUUAAUGGUUUAUUUAGCUAAUCCAAAAUGUAUGUGAUGUUGCUGUGUUGGUGGACAGGUUAGGUUUCUGCUUUAGGGUGUGUAUGCGGGAGGGUGUGUGGGGGGUAAGGGGUGCAACCAGCUGCUGAAACCAAGCAAAUCUGUUAAGUAAACAAUCGGAGCAAAAAAAAAAAAAAAAA